CUCAAGUGUGUUUACUUCCUGUUGGUGUCUCAACGAGCCACUUACGCGGGCAAUAACACCGAGGCAGCAUCCAAGAGGAGUCGCAAAAGUCGACAUGGAGGCGAUGAAGACCACCAGCUUGCGGGCCUUGCCUGCGAGGACCGGCAGAAAGUCAAAGACCCUGGGGAUUUUGCUACUGGCGAUCUUCUCAUGGUCCUGGCUGCCAGGCUUUCAGUGCAGCGAUUUCACGGCCAAGCGCCCAGCCACGGCCGAGGAGGCGGCCGGUGAUUCGGGCGAAUGGUCCUACAUGGCCUUUGCGAAGGAAUUCCCCUUCGCGAACAACCUGCUGAUCGCGACGCUCAAAACCUCUGCUGCUGAUUUGGUUGCGCAAUGCGUGAUCUCACGGAAGUCAUUGAGGGAGAUCGACUGGAAGAGAAACUUGGUCUUUUGCAUGUUCGGGGCACUCUACCUGGGUGCCUUUCAGUAUUGGUAUCAGGUGAACAUCUUCAAGCAGAUCUUCACUGGGGUCGACAGGUUCACUUCCCAGCCCUGGUCUGAGAAGCUGCAGGACCUGCCCGGCCUCAAGACCUUGGGCGCCCAGACGGCCUUGGACUUGGGCAUGCUGACCUGCGUCUACUUGCCCACGUUCUUUGUGUUCAAGGCCUGCGUCUUCAGCGACACAUGGGACGCUACUGCCUGGGCCAAGAACGGCAUCGGUGCCUACGUGAAGAACUGGCAAAAGGACUUCUACGAUGUCUUCCGCGUCUGGGGCCCUGCCGAUCUCAUUUGCUUCUCGGUGCCCUUGUGGGCCCGCCUGCCCACGCGUCAUUCCGGCCGCCUCAAGAACAUCAAACUCUGAGGAAAGUCUUGCACAUGCGCAGACUGUGUGCGGUCCUUCUAGGGCCAAUGGUGGCCAAACUGACAUCAGCCACUCAUCUGUAGCUGGCAUUUGUUCACUUGGGAUUGUUCGGUCAGCUAAUGUAGAGCUACGUGCAACUAUUUAUAGUCUGUUGAGCGUCCUUCACAAUUCUCCGAUCUUGGUCUCAGUGGCAAGACUUGUCAUGCCAUGCUCCGGCCAAGGUCGUCUCCUUUGUUUGGACGGCAUACUUGUCCUUUGCGAAAGGAGCUCAGAAAUAAGCUUCGCGCAAGGUCAGUGCAUGAGUUUUCUUGAGACCAGUCUUUAUCGCUGGUAGCUUACUUUUUACAUCCCCUUGCUGGACUCAUCCGAGCCGCAGUUCGCCUGAAUAAAGGUAAUUUCCCGGCAACAAUGCCUUCCAGGAACAGUUUGGACAGAGGUGGCAAGGCCACUUACCGUUCCGAUGCAUUUGCGCCACAAGAGCGCUGUGGCGCACAAUGCAUGAGAGUCCAAGAUGUUCCACCUG